UACCGUCGCGCCUCGCCGAGAGUGACUAGCGGUCGGUCGAGCUAAAGUGAGAGAGAGAGAAAGAGAGAUACAGACGAUACACUAUACAGUGCACAUAGCAGUGUUAGUAGCAGCAAAGAGCGAGAACGACAGUCCGGCGGUUGUGCAAAUGGCGACAGGCACGGAGAGUCCCGCAGCGGUCCGCGACUAGGUGUACCUCUCGAGCCGCAGCAGAGCAGAGCAGUGCGAGUAUAUAGCCCAGCUAUAUAGAAAGUGCAGCCGAGCUAGUGGCCCCCCCCGUGUUCGUAGGAGCCGCAGAGUAGCGGUCAACCCAACGAGGCUCCCAUCACCGGCGCGAUACCGGACGACAGCCGCGCGCGCAGAGAGAGAGAGAGAGAGAGAAAGACUCCUAUUGCUCCGGAACCACCGACCCGAGCUCGGCCCGUCAUCCGCAGGACUCCGUGUGUGUAUGUGUGCUUGCAACGUACUGUCAUAUCAAUAAGGAAUAAACAUGCCGGCUGUUCGAGGAGAUGGCAUGCGCGGCCUUGCAGUCUUCAUCUCAGAUAUCAGAAACUGUAAAAGCAAAGAGGCAGAAAUAAAAAGGAUAAACAAGGAGUUAGCAAAUAUUAGAAGUAAAUUCAAAGGUGACAAAACACUUGAUGGAUAUCAGAAGAAAAAGUAUGUCUGCAAGCUGCUCUUUAUUUUUCUGCUUGGUCAUGACAUUGAUUUUGGACAUAUGGAGGCAGUUAAUCUGCUCUCAUCAAAUAAGUAUUCAGAAAAGCAAAUUGGAUAUCUUUUCAUAUCAGUCUUAGUUAACACAAAUAGCGAUUUAAUUAAAUUAAUAAUACAGAGUAUAAAAAAUGACCUUGGAUCUCGUAAUCCAAUUCAUGUUAAUCUAGCCUUACAAUGUAUUGCCAAUAUUGGAAGCAAAGAUAUGGCUGAAGCCUUUGGGAAAGAAAUUCCAAAACUUCUAGUGUCAGGAGAUACUAUGGAUGUCGUAAAACAAAGUGCUGCCUUGUGCCUUUUGCGACUUUUACGAACAGCACCCGACGUUGUUACUGAUGGAGAGUGGACUUCACGUAUCGUUCAUCUAUUAAAUGAUCAACAUUUAGGGGUUGUAACUGCAGCAGCAUCGCUAAUUGAUGCACUCGUGAAGAGAAACCCUGAUGAAUAUAAAGGAUGCGUUGCUCUUGCUGUGUCACGCCUUAGUAGGAUUGUUACAUCAAGUUACACAGAUCUUCAAGACUACACGUAUUACUUUGUUCCUGCCCCUUGGCUGUCUGUUAAAUUAUUAAGACUCCUACAAAACUACACUCCACCAACUGAAGAGCCGGGUGUAAGAGGAAGAUUAAACGAGUGUUUAGAGACAAUACUUAACAAAACUCAAGAGCCACCAAAGUCAAAGAAAGUUCAGCACUCCAAUGCGAAGAACGCUGUUCUCUUUGAAGCUAUCAGCUUGAUCAUCCACAACGACAGCGAGCCAAACUUGCUAGUACGCGCUUGCAACCAGCUCGGCCAAUUCCUUUCCAAUCGCGAGACAAAUCUACGUUACCUAGCUCUCGAGUCAAUGUGCCAUCUCGCGACAUCGGAAUUCUCUCACGAAGCAGUUAAGAAACACCAGGAAGUCGUGAUUCUCUCCAUGAAGAUGGAGAAGGACGUCUCUGUAAGGCAGCAGGCUGUCGAUUUACUAUACGCUAUGUGCGACAAGAGUAACGCUGAAGAGAUCGUUCAGGAGAUGUUGAACUACCUCGAAACAGCCGAUUAUUCAAUUAGAGAAGAGAUGGUGUUGAAAGUUGCUAUAUUGGCCGAGAAAUACGCGACAGACUAUACUUGGUAUGUCGAUGUCAUUCUCAAUCUUAUCAGGAUAGCCGGUGACUACGUGUCAGAAGAGGUUUGGUAUCGGGUCAUUCAAAUUGUGAUCAACAGAGAUGAUGUUCAAGGUUAUGCAGCAAAAACUGUAUUUGAGGCACUACAAGCACCAGCAUGUCAUGAAAACAUGGUCAAAGUAGGUGGUUACAUUUUAGGAGAAUUCGGUAAUUUGAUUGCCGGUGACCAACGAUCAUCACCUUCAGUGCAGUUCCAGUUAUUACAUUCCAAAUAUCAUUUGUGUUCUCCCAUGACUCGAGCAUUACUUUUAUCAACGUACAUCAAAUUUGUCAAUCUCUUCCCUGAAAUUAGAAGUCAGAUACAGGAUGUCUUUAGACAAGAUAGUAAUUUACGUAGCGCAGAUGCUGAGCUUCAGCAAAGAGCUUCCGAAUACUUACAGCUUAGUAUCAUUGCAUCUACUGAUGUUUUAGCAACAGUUCUCGAAGAAAUGCCGGCAUUCCCAGAAAGAGAAUCUUCCAUAUUGGCAGUAUUAAAGAAAAAGAAACCAGGUCGCGUGCCUGAAAAUGAAAUUCGAGAAAGUAAAAGCCCAGCACCAAAUACUAACCAUCACACUGAAACAACGUCAGCAACUGUCGCUGCCUCAGCCGUCAACAAUUCUUCUGCCGAUUUGUUAGGUCUGUCAACACCACCUUCUUCUCAACCUACAGGCAAUACAGGUGUAUUAUUUGAUGUUUUGGGAGAUAUUUACAAUAUGCCAAACAAAGGCACUGCUAAUGGAACUCAGGCAACUUAUAAUGCGAAAAAGUUUGUUUGCAAAAACAACGGUGUACUUUUUGAAAAUGAUCUGAUCCAAAUUGGUGUGAAAUCGGAGUUUCGUCAGAAUCUUGGUCGCAUUGGAUUAUUUUAUGGAAACAAAACCCAGCAAGUACUACUUAAUUUCCAGCCACAGUUAUCCUGGUCAGAUGAAAAUCAAGUAAAAUUAGCUGUACAAGUUAAACCCGUAGAUACCGUACUGGAAGCUGGUGCUCAAAUUCAGCAACUAAUCAAUGCUGAAUGCAUUGACGACUAUAACGACGCCCCUAGCAUGAUAAUAUCAUUUAUGUAUAACAACAUACCUCAGAAGAUAACGAUGAAGUUACCAUUAACGAUAAAUAAGUUCUUUGAGCCAACGGAAAUGAAUGGAGAAUCUUUUUUUGCCAGGUGGAAAAAUCUGGGAGGAGUAAAUCAACAACGAUCGCAAAAGAUAUUUAAAGCGCAAACACCUAUGGACUUGGCUCAAGUUCGCACAAAGUUGCAAGGCUUUGGUAUGCAACUUCUAGAUGGUAUCGAUCCUAAUCCUGACAAUUUCGUUUGUGCUGGAAUCGUACAUAUGAGAGCGCAACAGGUCGGCUGUUUAUUACGUCUAGAACCAAACAAACAAGCUCAGAUGUUCCGGUUAACAGUAAGAUCAAGCAAGGAAUCAAUGUCUAUAGAAAUCUGCGACCUGCUCGUGGACCAAUUUUAAUCGGCCUUGCAGGCGUACCCGUCAGCCCUAACUUAUUUUUUACACGAUGCAGAAUGGUCUUCGAGUAAUUUAUCGAAGGCUGUAGUAAAUAUGAAGCAUUACCCUAUAAAAGUGCAACGAGGACGUUAUUUAAAUAUUGUUAAUCGGAGAAAAAACGAAAAAAGAAACUACGUGUUGUCCCAAGCUUUGAGCCAGUUGCACUAUUUAAUGAAAAGAGAGCCUUCUCGUGUGUAGGUUAAUUAUGUGAGAACCAUUUGUUACCGCGUAGAACAAAGUUAAGGAAGACAACGUUUUGCGUCAAAAUGGAGUCAAAGAUGAGAUUAACUUGCGAUUGUCAAGCAAGAUAGAUCGACCGAUUAGUGGACAGUAUUAUGUCCGUAAUUACGUGAAACAUGGUGUCGAUGAGGUCAGUUUAUGGUUAAUUUAAUUAGCUCUUCUUACCUCAUUUUUUAACUGUUACUUUUGCGAUUUUUCUCAAGAGGAACUUGGAAGAAUAAGACUUUAAAAUAUCGUACUUGUCGAGAAUGUAUGUUAGAUUUAAAUUGGCAUAUAGUUAUAUUAUUUUUAUUAUCAUGCUAUUGAUGAAUUGAAGCAUUGAAAGAACAAAGCGUGAGGCAAAGAUGCGGGAAAUCAAGCAAACGAUGUAUGAAAAUAGGAAUACCGGGAGUAGAAAACAUGUAAAAUCAAUUUUUUUUUGUUUCAAUUGUAAAUAAGCGCUUGUUCGUUGUUGAUUUUGUGUCAUUUUUUUAAUGCCUACCUUUUGUGUGGAGAAAUAACAGUUAUCCGGUCGAUUAUGCUGGCCUCGUGGUGUCGAUUCUGAGAUGUACAUUUUCCUUAUGUAACGUUAAUGUUAGCAAAGUAAGUUGCUGUCUGUCCAAUACUCUGUUUCCCAUUUUAUUUUUUCGUUGUCGGUCCAUCCUUCAUUUCUAACGUAAAACAUGUAAUAAAGGUUAUCCUGCCAAUUGCCAAUUUUUCUUCCCUUUUUCUGUCGUAGUAUUCAUUAGGUUUAUUGAGUUAUUCGUCGCGCCAACUGUUGUCGAAUGAAUCUCAGUUUAAGUAUGUAUAUGUAGUCAAGGAUAAAAUAGGACGACUAUUGGCAAUGAUUUGAAGAGCUCAGUCAAAAUUUCAAAAUCGCAUUACAAGAAAUUUGAGGCAAACUUUUUGAUGUUAUAUAAAUUUGUAGAACU